CACAGAUACUUUGCGAACAAUGCGAGGAAUGCGCUGUACAAAAAUGCCGUCAAUCGAACAAACUCAAAUUGUUGGUUGACUCAUCAUCUUGCUUGCCGUUGGUCAAACACCCUGUUUUGCAACAACUGGCAGAAAAAGAACAACUUAAAAAUUUGAGCAUUGAUUAUGAAUUUGUUCACAAUCAGAAAGAGAUAUUUAGAUCGUCACUUGUAUGCAUCGAUAACAACAUUUUUGCUAGGCUUUCGCUAAUUAUUAACGUAAUGCACGUUGAACAAGAAUUUUUUCAGUGGAAAGUUGCCGCAAUGCUGGGACGCGUUACAUCGGAAGUAGAGCUAAGUGUCUUUGACACUGUGUUGGGUACAGAGAUAUUGCUCCGCUUGUCAACUUUAGCUGGCUUAGAACUAUUGAAAGUCUUCGCUAGUGAAAAGUUAAAACAUGACUUUGGUCGAGGCAUAGCAGAAGCAAUGAGCUCCAAAUCGGAGAGAACAGUAGCUAUUAUGGUGGAAAUAAGUAAUCUACAGCUGGAACACAUGAAAGUUGUUCCUACUGGAACUUUCCAUGUCGAAUCAGCAAAAUCAAUUAAAGACUCUACUAAUCUACCACGCUCUCUGUCCGCUUCUCUUAAACUGCAUACUGAUGAUAAUCCGGUCACUGAGGUGUAUAUAUAUGAGAUCAUGAAGACUGUAAUGAAUGAUUACAAGCUUUGGAUUGCAGCAUUCAUCACUGCAACUGUGCUGAUAUUAUUUGUAUUGUGCUUAUUUCUUUCAUCGAUCACGGCAGAUUAUUAUAGAGACGGCAAACAAACUAAACAGAGCAACUCACCUAACGAUGACAGCAAUGCAGGACAAGCUUGUGCUCGUGAAAUCGACGCUCCUGCCAACAAAAUCUUUGAAUACAAGGAAUUGGAAUAUAAUUCAAACGAAUGUUUCAUUGGUAGAGGAGGGUUCGCUGAUGUCUUCAAAGCAGUCUUACGUGGAAACAAGACGGUUGCAUUUAAGAAACCAAACAUUGGAGGAUCUCGUUUUACAGACACAGAGAUGAAAGACUUGAUAAGAGAAUCGGAUAUUUUGCUGGCUAUUCCUUCUCAUGAACAUAUCGUUGAGAUCAUUGGAAUCUGCAUCGAUUCUCGUCACUUCGGUAUCGUUCUAGAGUAUGUUGACGGCGGAGAUCUUUGUAUGCUGCUUUCUUCUCACACAUCUGACCCUUACAUGGACGAAUGGAAGAACAAGCUUGAUGUGUCUUGUCAGAUAGCUGACGGCUUUAAACAUCUUCAUGGACUUCACCCGCCAAUCAUUCAUCGUGAUCUGAAACCAAGUAACAUAUUAGUAAAAAAGUCGUCAGCUAAAUACACUUGCAAGAUUACUGACUUUGGACUAGCAAAAAUACGAGCUACAAGUACUUCUACUGGCAAUAAAAGUGAUGGGAACAAUAGUUAUCUACAUGCAGCUGGUUCCGUAGCAUAUAUUGCUCCAGAACGAUACGAACCUCGUCAUUUGAAUAUGUCAGCAUUGGCUAAGUCGGACGUUUACAGUUUUGGUGUCAUUCUAUUUCAAUUCAGAGAGCGUAUACGACCAUUUGGCGACGAGGAGAAUGUUGUAGUGAUUGCAUUGAACGUAAAGGGCGGAUUACCGUAUAGCACUCCAGUAAAACGUUGUCCAUGUGGAUAUGACGAGUUGAUGCGAAGCUGUUGUUCAUUAAAUGGAGGAGAUCGACCAGCGUUUACUGAUAUCUUGCCUACACUACAUGCAAUGUCACACGACACUGUUUCCUAGCUGUCUGAUUGGAAACUGCUGCAUUCCAGUUGUUCUUUGUUGAGCCUUUUGUACUUAAUGUGGUUUCUGUCAUUAUAAUUUAGAGCAUGUUGUUGACAUUAGCUGUAUUUUAUGCUAUCAUGUUUAGCGUAUUAUUUUUGUAGUUUUAUUUGUAUGGCAAUGUAGACAAUAUUUGUAUUACAACACGCCACUUUUCUGGAGAGGGAAAAGUACU